AUGGCAGAAGAAGCUCCAGCUGCAGCCCCGGCAAAGGCUCCGGCCAAGGCCCCCAAGAAGAAGUCCGCUCCCCGCCCUAAGAAAGAUGGACCCACCCUCCCGAAGCUCAUCGUCGGCGCCGUGGCUGAGUCCAAGGAGCGCAAGGGGAUGUCUCUGGCCGCCAUCAAGAAGGUCCUGGCCGCUAAAGGAGUCGAUGUUUCCAAGGCUAACAAACGCAUCAACAACGCUGUCACUAAACUUGUGACCAAGGGCACCCUCGCCCAGACUAAAGGUACCGGUGCCUCCGGAUCCUUCAAGCUGACCAAGAAGGAGCCCAAAGCUGCCAAGCCCAAGAAGGUAGUGAAAAAGACCCCCACCAAGGCCAAGAAGCCCGCUGCAGCAAAGAAAGCUUCCCCCAAGAAGAAGCCCGCAGCCAAGAAACCUGCAGCAAAGAAGUCUCCUAAGAAGGCAGCCGCUAAAAAGUCACCCGUAAAGAAAGCGGCAAAGAAACCUGCAGCAAAGAAGACUCCCAAGAAAGCUGCCCCGAAGAAAGCAGCCAAGAAGCCCGUUGCGAAGAAAGCCCCAGCCAAGAAGGCGGCGGGAGCGAAGAAGGCCAAGAAGUAA